AUGGCAGAAUCCCACCUGCAAUCAUCCGUGAUCACAGCCUCACAGUUUUUCGAGAUCUGGCUUCAUUUCGACGCUGACGGAAGUGGUUACCUGGAAGGAAAAGAGCUUCAGAACUUGAUUCAGGAGCUCCAGCAAGCGCGGAAGAAGGCUGGAUUGGAGUUAUCACCUGAGAUGAAAACUUUUGUGGAUCAGUAUGGGCAAAAAGAUGACGGAAAAAUAGGAAUUGUAGAGUUGGCUCAUGUAUUACCCACAGAAGAGAACUUCCUGCUGCUCUUCCGAUGCCAGCAGCUGAAGUCCUGUGAGGAAUUCAUGAAGACAUGGAGAAAAUAUGAUACUGAUCACAGUGGCUUCAUAGAAACUGAGGAGCUUAAGAACUUUCUAAAGGACCUGCUGGAAAAAGCAAACAAGACUGUUGAUGAUAAAAAACUAGCUGAGUAUACAGACCUAAUGCUGAAAUUGUUUGAUUCAAAUAAUGAUGGGAAGCUGGAAUUAACUGAGAUGGCCAGGUUACUGCCAGUGCAGGAGAAUUUUCUUCUUAAAUUUCAGGGAGUCAAAAUGUGUGGGAAAGAGUUCAAUAAAGCUUUUGAGUUAUAUGAUCAGGAUGGCAAUGGAUACAUAGAUGAAAAUGAACUGGAUGCUUUACUGAAGGACCUAUGUGAGAAAAAUAAACAGGAUCUGGAUAUUAAUAAUAUUCCAAUGUACAAGAAAAGCAUAAUGGCUUUAUCGGAUGGAGGGAAGCUGUACCGAACGGAUCUUGCUCUUAUUCUCUCUGCUGGGGACAACUAG